CCAAGUAGACUAUGUGGGGACCCAUCCCUUUGGGUCUCCAGCGCGGUCUCUCUUCGGAGACGGUCAAAGUUUUCCUCAGCGCCGGUACGUCCGCGUCUCUCGUCUCGUUUCGACACGUCUCGAUUCGAUUCGAUUUGAUUCGAUUUAGUUCGGUUGCAUAGUAGCGCGCCAUGGUCUCUCGUAUCCAAUCGGGAGACCAGCACGAGUACCAGCAACACAAGCAACAGCACCAGCACCAGCACCAGCACCAGUACACCAGUACCAGCAUCAGCAGCAGCAGCAGCAACAGAAACAGCAACAGGCUCAUCGUACCCAGCUGGAACUGAACGUACGAAAUCGUUCGAGUUUUCUUUUCGUCACAAGAGCAAAAAGAAAUCGUCGUUCGUACAUCGUCGCGUCUUUCUCGUUAUCGUUCCCUCCUCUAUCUUCUUCUCCUCUUCAUCUUCAUCUUCUUCUUUCUUGACCUCCCUCCUUCUCCUCCUCGUCGAGUCGUUCUUGUGCCAAGAUACCACGCACCUACUCGAACCUUUAUCUCUUUCUUUGCUAAAACAGCACGCUUCUCUUCCCCUUUCUUCUCUUCCUUCUCCUCCACCUUCUCUUCCUCCAUCGUUCUCUUCCUCAUCCUCCUACACUUCGUAGCCGGUCGAGAUAGUCGUUCGAAAGAAGCCAAGAGAAUCCCUCGAGAAAAGGACGACGUCCUUUCGUCCCUCCCUACGAACGGAAUAAGAUAUCCAGUUAAAAAGAGAGACAGAGAGAAAGAGAGAAAGAAAGAAUGAGACGGUGAGUUUUGGAGCAGCAUCAUGACCGAUCGAGGGUAAGGGGGAUCGAGUGGUCCAAGGUCGAUAAAAGGAUCCAGACGCCGACUUUACUUCGUUUCAAAGACCUCCCCGAGUAGUUUUGCUUGGUGGGUGGAUUGUGCUUUGAACAAGUCACUAUUUCUGUGACUGGACGACAUACACCUAAAACGUGGAAUCGUGUUAUGAAUUAAUGCGAAAUACGACCGGUUAUUAAUUGCGUGAAAUGAUUUCUAGUGAAACUGUUAUUAUAUUUGUUGUAAUCAUGUGAAAAGAAAUACUUGUUUGAUAUUUCAAUCGUUUCAAUCGAAUUGAAUUUGGAUCCAACGAAGAAGAGAUCGCAUUACCAAACGAAGUACUAAGAAAAAUAUACAAAGAAAAAGAUUGUCAGGGAGAGAGGGAUAAAGCUUAUCUUUGAUAGAUCAUACGAAUCAAUUUAUAUUAUUUAUUAUCGUAUCUCGAACCGUCAAAAUCAUUCGGCAUACGCGUGCGUAUCUUGUUCACGAAUCAUUUCAAUCGAUUGAAAAAUAAUACAUAUAAAUAAGGAUAAGCUUUAUUAAAUUGAAAAAAAAAAAUAUUUGAUUAAAGAACAAAUAUCUAUAAGGGAAGAAACAAGAGAAAUUUCGCAUGGAAAUUAACGUCGUGGGAGUACGUCUCGUUUCUCGGACGAAUCGCGCCGAAAUUUGUCGCGAAAAAAGGUGAGGGAAGGAUGAAGAAUGCCCCGCGUCGGAGGAGACGGGGGUGGCGGGAACGAGAAGACAGGAGGAGCUGGUGGAUUUGGAGGAUGGUUGGGAGGUGCUGCGAGAGCUGUGACCGGAGGAGGCGUCGCUGGUGGAUACGUCGUAUUGGGUGGCACCAGAUAUGGUCUCAGACUAUCACAGGAAAAUCUACCACCCGCGAGUUCGAGGGAGGAAUCGGCGGAGAGAAGAAGGAAGAGAAAUUCGCGAGAAAGCGAAUCGAGAGAACGAUUGACGGACAAAUUGGCGGAGAAGUCGUCGUCGAUAGAUCUUGCCUCGAGUAUAGUCGAAUGUUGUUGCAUCGGUCCACGUUCUCGACUACCUUUGCCGAGGAUCCCAACUACGACGAUGACAACGACGACGACGGCGACGGCGACGGCGACGGCGAUGACGGCGACGGCGACGGUUGGCAGCAUUGGAGGAAUCGGAGGUGGAGGUGGAGGUGGAAAUGGAGGAGGAAGAGAAAUGGUUAGCGGAAUUUUGCCGGUUCCUCCGCCUCCUCCUCCUCCUCCUCCUCCUCCUCUACCACCUUUAGCAGCAACGGUAGUAGUAACAGUGGCACAAGUACAGCCAUCGUCUUCGUCAUGUUCGUCUCUUCCUCCCACGUUUUCAUCGAAGAGUCGUGCUACCACCACUGCUGGCAUGGAACAGCCGGUGGAUGCGAAGCUGGCGGCUGUUCGGCCAACGCCAAACUCUAAUAAUAACCGCGGGAUGCUGCAAAGCUCGACGGUGGGGAACGAGCAGCAUCACCGCCACCACCAACAGCAGCACCAGCAGCAGCAGCAUCAGCAGCAUCAGCAUCAGCACAAUCAACACCACCAGCCACAAUCAUCCGCGAUCCCAUCGCCGUCGCAGCCGGUAUCUUCCGUCUCUUCUUCUUCUUCUUCUUCUUCUUCUUCCUCCUCGACGUCAUCGUCGUUGUUGCACCCAUCGUUUGACUCCUCCUCUUCGCCGAGCCUGCAAACGCAACACUCGGUUUCCGUGCCGCGUCAGCUCGCCCAGUGGACGAAGCAUCAGACCCUCAAGCUCCAGGAACCAGCGGUGAUAGCGGUGGACCGAUUGCAUAGGUUCCGCUGGAGCGGGGGUGGAGGAGGAAGCGGAAAAAAAUCCUCUUCCGCCCCCCGCAGCGAGAAGGCCGAGCGUCUUCGAGAACUUACGGAGAAACUCAAGGGUCCAGCACCUGUCCCACCUCCUAGACGACCUUCUCGUACUCAAACAUCCUCUCCACCACCGGGAGGAUGUCAACAACCUUUGCAAUCUCAUCAUCAACAGUCGGUCCAAGGUUGUGGAAGAUGCGAUAAUCGUGGGAUCUAUAGGAAUAAUGAAGCCGGUCUUCAUCAGAAUCAACAACAACAACAACAACAAUAUUAUCAACAAAAUCAUCCAAGGAGUAUCGUUAGAAGCGAAAGCGUUGGAGAGGAACGUCUCACUGGUAUCACAGACUCGAUGGUUACCGGUAACGAGAGUUGUAGAAAACAACAGCUCGCUCAUGAAACUUCGAGAAAAACCUCGAAGUCGGGCAAGGUGACAGAGAGUAAUAGCAGUGUUGACGUUGGUGACAUUAAAAAUGACGCAAGCGUGGUCGGCGUAUCAAUCGAGGACGCGUCGACAGUAAAACAACAACAUUUGAGACAAUACAGUGAUUCAGUGGUAGAUAGUGCAACGAGAGUGGACAAUCUGUGCGAUACCUUGAACGUGUCUUCCAUUGCUUCUACUGGUGGUGGUAACAACAAUAACAACAACAACAACAACAGCAGCAGCAACAACAAUAACGAGGCCGAGGCCAGGGACGCGGUCAGCAGAUUGGAGUCACGGGGACCGUUGUCUUUGACUCUUCAAAGAACCGGUACUCCACUCAGGAGUGCGUCCUUCGGUCAGGUGGACUUCAAUCAAGCUAAUCGUCAAAAGACACAACCAGUUGCGGCGAGUGCUCGCACGGAAAACAAAGAUGUCCGUGCCAGUACUUUGCCUCGUAGACGAGGAGACGCUAUACCAGGUGUCUCGACGUCUCAAAACAGUCCGAAUCGUCAAAGUCCAAGGACAUCUACGCCGAGCGUUGAUAGUGCCGUUGGUUCGGCCGAAGGGCUUGGUGUACCUCAGCAAGGAAACAUCGAAGAAAUCCGACCAAGGAGCGAUGGUUCCGAUAGUUUGGCAACUUCUAGUGCACUUACCAGUCCGGAACCACCGGUACCAGAAGUCAACGAGCAACAACCGAGAUUGGAACUUCAAGCCGAUGUUUCACCGACCGAGGUGAUACCUUCCGAACCGAUCUAUCAAGUCGUUGAUAGCACGCCGUUGGAUGAGAUCGUUCAAAAAGAGAACAGAAUAGAACCGCACGAGGUAAUCGUGACUCCACCGUUGGAGGAACCAAGACUCAGCCAAGCUAGCGAGGGUAGUGAGGCACCUAGUGAAACACCUUCAGAAGCAUCCUCUCCACCUGGUAAAACCAGACGUUAUCGCGGUGAUACUAGCAAAAGAAGAAAGGGGGUGUACAUUACGCAAUGGCCGGAACCUUUGGACGCGGAUAGAAACAAGCUUACUGCUCAGAGUAGCGAGGAAAGAGAUGAGCCACCUGCUACACCCAGCGAUUUGUCAGAUUGCGAAGGCCACGCACCAAGAAGGUACAGCAAGAGACCACUUCGUGGCCCUUACGGUCAAAUGCUCGAAGCUGAAAUGGCGAAACCUCGUGCAACAGAUAUCUCUCUAGAAGAAGGUCUCCGACCUAGACGAAAAGUAUCCGCUAAUCUCUCGUAUAAUACCGGCACUAAUAGUAAUUCCGAACCGCCUACACCUUCUCAUCACAGGACUACCUCUAGCCCGAGCAAAUUAGAGGGAUUACCUGGACCAAGUCCUGAAUUACUCGCUGAACUUUUAAGAGGAUCUUCGGAGAGAGUUGCUCGUGCGCCUACUCAUCGAAAUGACACGAGAACUCAUGUAGUCGUAGAACUUUAUGAUACCGAACGUUCCUACGUGGAGGCUUUGCAAAUACUAGUCAAUAAAUAUCUGCAGCCUUUGAAGAGUCCAGAGAAUGCCGGCUUGGUGGACGCUGUUACGGUGGAUGAGAUAUUUUAUCAGAUACCAGCGAUUCUUAGCCAUCACGAAAUAUUUCUCGAAGAGUUACGAAAACGUUUGGACACUUGGGAAAUAAGGCAAACGAUAGGUGACGUUUUCUUAGAAGUAUUUACAAAGCCAGUAGUACUCGAGACGUACACACUUUUCUUGGACAAUUGGAAAUCCGCGAGAAAGGCGAUUAAAACAACGUGUCAAGCGAAACCAGCUUUCGCACGAUUUCUCGAGACGAUGGAACGUGAACACAAAGGAAAGCUUGGUUUGGAUCAAUUGUUGAUUAAACCUGUACAAAAGAUACCGCGUUAUGAGCUUUUAAUUCAAAGACUUCUCAAGCAUACCGAUUCGGCCCAUCCAGAUUACAAAUAUCUUCAGGCAGCACAAAAGGAAGUUCAUGAAUUGGUCGUAAAGAUCAAUUGCACGGAGAGAGAAUCUCUCGAAUGGGAACAACAGCAAAGUACAUUGAGAGAGGUUCAAGCCCUUGUCGAAGGUCUAGCGGGCAUCGUUACUAACGACAGAGCGUUCGUCCGUCACGAUUUGGUUACCAUUGCAUCGAACCAGGGCACAAGAAAGGAACGAGCACUAUUUUUGUUUUCCGAUCUAUUGGUUAUUACUAGUAUCAAAAGACGAAGUGGUACAAUAAGGAAACCAUCGACGAGUUCUUGCCCGAACAGUUUGGUCAGUCUAUUGGAAGCUAACAAAUACAAAAUGUUAAUGAGAAUACCAUUGGACGAUCUCGAGGUGAUGAAAGCCAAGGACGAGAAUCUCAGACGAAUGGCACGCGAGGUGGAUCAUCUACGUGAGGAUUGCGCCACAUUGAGCCAAUUGCAAGAACUCGUUGCUACGUUACACGGGAAUAAAACACAACUCGAGGAUCUGAUCAAGGAUAUGUUGUGUCAAGCGCAAAGGCAACUAGCCGAAAGAAACGCCGCACAUUCUCAGCUAGCUUGUCUAGAAUUAACUCUGAACACGCAAUCUGGUAUCGAAAAUAUCUCCGUUGUCUUCACAAAGCCCGACAAAAGAGCAAGCUGGGAAGAAAGUUUCAACGAAGCCAAACAAAAGUUGGCAUUGUCAGCCGAUCGAAGACUUUGUCCAGAAUUCGUCGGUCCUUUACCUAUUAGAAAAACACGUGCAGGAUUACAAUUUACUUGUGCUGCACCCACGUUAUCGAAUGGACAAGAAUCUCGUGACGUAUGGGUUUGUAACAGCGAUGGAUACGUUGGUCAAGUUUGCGUGCUAAGUUUGAGUCCUGAACCACCACAAGUUACAUCUUGUAAUGGCGUUUGUAACGCUAGAAUACUUUGCGUUGCUGGUAUACCUGCUUGUACUCCUGGUUCACAUUCAUCCGCAACGAAUAGCAACACGUUUGUUAAUAGUAAAAGUGGCAUCAGUAUUUCCGUGCAAGACGUUGAUUCCGGUAGCGGUAAUAUUCAGUUAGACAGCAGCUCGAGCUCCGACGAGUCGGACUCGGACGACAUUCCAAGUGUGGAUACUUGUAGCGUGACCUUGAGUGGUGACGUUUCUAAUAUCGAUAACGCAACUGUCAUUGAGGAAGAUGCCAAUCAGCCUACCAUGUGGUUAGGGACGGAAGAUGGUUGCAUUCACGUUUAUAAUUGUAACGACAAUAUUAGAAUAAAAAAGAACAAGGUGAAGAUUCAACAUGGUAGCAGCGUGCACUGUAUCAUAUACUUGGACAAUAAAGUAUUCGUGUCACUUGCCAAUGGCGAUAUAGCUGUAUACACGCGAGAUCAUACAGGAGGUUGGAAUACUUCAGAUCCAACGAUAGUGUCUGUUGGUACCGCGGCAUCUCCAGUAACGAAGAUGCUUCCGGUGUCUGGGAAACUUUGGUGCGGUUGUCAUAAUUCCGUAAAAGUUCUCAACACGCGUACCUUAGACAUCGAGCAUAAUUUUGCGGUAAGCAGUGACACAAGUCGAGCUGUCACUUGUAUGGCAAACUCUGGUGGUUUUGGCGUAUGGAUUUCUUUGCACAACAGUGCUGUACUUCGAUUAUUCCACGCUGGUAGUUACGAAUGUUUGACGGAUAUAAAUAUUGCUCCGGCCGUUACAAAGAUGCUUGCUACAGGUUGCGAUGACAUAAUAAGACAGCACAAAGCAGCGUGUCUUAGAGUGACCGCAUUAUUGGCUUGCAACGAGUUGUUAUGGAUCGGUACAAGUGCUGGUGUAUUAUUAACCGUACCAAUACCUCACAUCAAACCAUCCACGCAAAGAAUAUCUCAACCUCCUAUAGUAACUGGAAUACCUCACGGACACACGGGACACGUGCGGUUUCUAACAUACGUAGAAACCAGUGCAACAUCGAAACCAGAACCACGACCAAAGGUGAAUCGAUACUCAUUGAAAUCGAAGAAAGUCCAUCAGAAUAACAUCAAUCGCGGUAAGCUAUUGGUGAUAUCCGGUGGCGACGGGUACGAGGAUUUCAGAGGACCCCAAGCAUCAGCUGAAUUACAGGCUGGUCGGGAGGAUUCAACGAAUCAUCUACUAUUGUGGAAGGUGUGAUGUAAUUCUACACGGCCCAAGCGGAGGGUCGGGGUUCACGAAAGCCGGCACGACACGCCGUGGGAAUCGUUGUUGUCGAACGUGCAGCCGACGACAUGCGAACAUGGUCAUCGUGCUGUACCAUACUUGGUCAAUACGGACGGAUCGACUCGACGAUAUUUCAGGGAACGUGGCAAAGUUCUCUGGUUGCUCCUGGCGGAGUGGAUCAGAUCAAGAAUAAGAAAGUUCCGUUAUCUGCAAACCGAAGUUGAAUUCGUGUUACAGGAUGGUGGUCGAAAUCUUGCUUGAGGCAUGUCUUUUGUUUUCUAUUUUGUUUUGUUUAUUCCUCGAUCAAAUGAGACACACAAAUUUGUUAUAAGUUUGAACGAGGAUAAUGGUCUGUUGUACAGUGAUUGCGAUUUCUAAUGAAAUAGAAUAAUAUUGAGAAAAGAAAAACGGGCGAGAGGGGGAGAUAUUUACCGAAAGUACAUUUUCGGUAUGAAUUGUAUGACGAUAUAUAAAAAUGAAUGAAUCUGUUGUUUAUUAAAUUAUUAGACCUAUAAGUUUAGUUCAGAUUUCGCGCUAAACUUUUCAUGACUUUUAACGAAGAAAUGAUCAAUCGUCGUUAAAAAAAAAAAAAACAAAAAAAAAAACAAGUGUGUUGUUGAUAACACUAUUUGUCCUGAGGGAGAGAAGAAGUUAUCGUUAAACGUGUUAUUGUGGACUAUGCUAGUCUUUUAUGAAUUCGAUCAAGAAAAUUCUUCCAUUAUCAUCGCUCGCAGUUUGAAAAUCAAUAUAGUAAGAGAAAGAAAGAACAACAACAAAUAUUCAAGAUGUGUCCACAAUAUAUCUUUUGUCGUAACGGAUUAACGAUGAUAAUUUAAAUGUGCGGUACCUGAAAGGGCUUCGAGAAAAAAAAAGAAACGAGCUUAUAACGCGUUUUAAAUGGCCUAAAUUAAAAAAAAAAAUAAUAAUACGAUGGUGUUGUUAAAAAAAAAAAAAAAA